AGAGCUCAGAAGAAGACGCUCGGCAGGCUGACGGGACUUGAAAUUCACUGGCACUCCUGAGAACGAAGAUGAGUUCUGAAGACUGUCCCAUAACAGAGACCAGUUCUUUGCAUCAGGAGAAAGGGGGAAAAAAUAGUGCCACCCACCUUCACUUUGAAACACAACAUGAAGGGUCUCUCCAAGUCCCCAUCCCAUGUGCUGUCCUGAUCGUGGUCUUCAUUAUAAUUUUAGUCAUGGCUCUCAUUACCUUAUCAGUGGGCAAAUACAACUGUCCGAGCCAGUAUGAGUUCUCCAUGCCAUCAGAAAGCUAUGUGUCUUCGUGCUCAGAUGAGUGGGUUCUAUACCACAGAAAAUGCUACUUCUUUUCCAGCACAACAAAGAGCUGGACCUCUGCUAAAGACUCCUGUUCUGAAGAUGGUGCUACACUUGCUGUCAUUGAUUCAAAAAAGGAGAUGGUCUUUCUGAAACGAUAUGCAGGUAAAGCUGAACACUGGAUUGGGCUGAAAAAUGAAACUGGUCAGACUUGGAAAUGGUCAACUGGCAAAGAAUUUAACCAUGGGUUCAACCUUACCAGGUCUGAGAGCUGCGCAUUUCUGGACAGCACAGAGGUCAGCAGCGCAGAAUGUGAGCAGCAUUUGCACUGGAUCUGCAGUAAACCUUCCAGAUGAUGAGGAAACACAUUUCCUGACCACUGGCACCACUGAAGUUGUACUACUGGACGCUGCUCUUUGGUCAGAAAUUUCUGUCAAGACUUGAUGAACAUGUCUUGCAUUGCUUGGGAAAUUGUCCCCCAUAUAAAACUGUGGCACAAAAGGGAGAGAAAUUCCAGGAAAGUCUGCAGUGUGAUUUCUUUCUGCCAUGUGCUAAAAAUAUCACAAGUUGACCAAUCAUCAUGUCCAAGAAUGACUACAAAGUCUUUUAGAUGCACUUUAUAUAUUUUUUAAAAUACAUAGUAAAGUAAGUAGGUUUAAAGUGA